AUGCACACACUGUGACCCUCCGUGUUCUUACAGCUCCGUCUAUCUCACUGCUGAUCGGGUCAUCAUUUGUUCAUUCAUCCUGAGAUGCAACAUGCCGUCUUUUUCAACAUCACUGUUAUUCCUGGCGUCAUCCUGCUGCUUCCUUUUAACAUCUAGCAGGCCGGCAGGUGUCCACCUACGAAGCAUGGACAACUUCAUCCACGCGGUGAAGCAGGUGGAAGAGUCCAACCCGGGUCUGUCCCCCCUGGCGCUAGUCAGAGCCCUGCGGAGGACUGCGGGCCAUGACGACGCCAUGACCAUCCACUUCUUGGGUGCUUCGAAUAACAUCAGUGAUGCUGCAGAGCUGGAGAACUCCAUCCUCAAUGCUUCGUCCUUCAGCUUUUUUGACAAGGCCAUACAUCACAUUGUGACAAAUAAUGGCGAAGAGCGAGGGGUGGCUCUCGCUCCGGACGGCACCACAGUUGCCCUGACGCCUUUAUUGCUAGGAAUCGAGUCUGGACUCAAAGCGAAGAUGGAAGGGACAUCGGCCGUUGGGCUGUUCCCUCUCACCUUGGGAAGGACACUUGGAUUAUCCUUUCUCAGCCUCCAGGACAUCCCGGUAUCCCAUUGGCUGGGGCCUGAUGGGUGCUGGGACAGCGCUCAGCACCCCAAAGUAUUCAAAUUGCAUUGGCCACCCACGUUAGCCACUGACGCUGUUAUUAAUGGCGGUAUGGAUGGAGCGAUACUUGGCACGGACAUCAGCAAACUACCCAGAACCCAAGAUCCGCUACAGCUUAGUGAGACCCUGAAAGGGUAUUACAGUUUUACACUGCAUGAGGGCAGAGGUCUUGAUAACAUCUCCAAACAUGUUAGUCCAAGGCGAAGGGAGAUCUCCCGAUCCAUUUUGGAACCCCUUGACCUUAAUAGUCGGGUCAUGGAGACGCUUUUGUUGGUCUGGAAGUUGGAGAAAACAGACUGGAUCGCUCUGGACACUGGAGUCAAGAAGGCGGUGAAGGAUGGAUUGGAAGCAUUUGUGCACAAGUACUGGGAUUGCCCUCAAAUCAUCCCUCGUUGCCAAUGGGGGGCGAGGGCCCACAAGGGUACACCCAUAAGACUGUCUUUGCCCGUUCAGUUUGUCUACGUUCACCACACUUAUGAACCUUCCCGGCCAUGUCUGUCCUUUCCAACAUGCGCCCACGACAUGAGAGCCAUGCAACGCUUCCACCAGGAGGUCCGCAACUGGAGUGACAUCGGAUACAGCUUUGUAGUCGGGUCUGAUGGCUACGUCUAUGAAGGACGAGGUUGGAAUCUCCUUGGCACGCACACGAGAGGACACAACAGCCUCGGGUACGGAGUGUCGAUCAUUGGCAACUAUACUUCCACUUUACCAUCGCGCCAUACUUUGGACCUUCUGCGCCAUCGUUUGGUGCGCUGUGCAGUCGACGGAGGAAGGCUGGUGGCUAACUACACCAUCCAUGGCCACAGACAGGUGGUGAACUACACUUCCUGUCCAGGGGAAGCCUUCUUUUCAGAAAUAAGAAGCUGGGAACACUUCAGGGACUGACUGGAUGAUACUGUCAAUAUACGCUAGUGGCCACCAUCACCUUAUACAACACAAAGUGUAAGCUACAUUUAAGUGCAUCCAUCCAUUUUCUAUACCGCUUAUCCUCACAAGGGUAUACUGGAGCCUAUCCCAGCUGACUUCGGUCGAGACGAGGCGUACACCCUGGACUGGGCACCAGCCAAUCACAGGGCACAUUCAUAGGUCAACCCUAAAUAAAUAUGUGAUAAUAAAGCAUGAAAUGUCAUUAUAAUACAUAACCGCAUACAGUACAGUGCAUGUUGGUGUGAUAUUUGAAUGGCUAAGGGCUUUCGUCUGUACCUCGUCCCUCCUGCUGGUGACGCCACAUCCACAGGAAAGGACCACCAGAAAAAGGUAAUCAUGAUGCAGAAGAAGGUUAAAGGUUCUAAAGUUUAAAGCAUCAAGCAUCAUCUGUGCUUCAUCAUUAUUGUUUAUCAUUUAUCAUUAUUAGUGUUGAGUACCAAUACAUUUUGCCAUAUAAAAUGUGUUUAAUAAGUGCGUGAGAAUAUUUCGGAUUGUGCUUUUAUGCAUUGAGCUGUGUGCUCCCUUCAUCACAAGUAAUCAAUUCCAAUUAAAGAGGCCAGGAGGGUUAUUAAUAUAAUACAGCUGAGUUGUCGUCCAAUAAUUACAACAGUCACUUUUAUUGCAAAUGCUGAUCCAAAAUCAGGAGACGUCAACUAAAAGUCAAUUACCUCCUAGCAGGAGCCUAAUUAGUGUCAAAAAUAAACAUUUUUAUACGCCUCUUAAUUACUUGUGUUCAUUCGCUAUUUGGCAGGUGGCUUUUGGAAUGAUUAGAUCACAGUUAAUUGGUUCUAGAAUAGAAAUUGAACAUUUUUGUAGCUUGUGCUUAGCAUAGUUUGACUUUCUAAAUCCAAUUUAACCAUUGUUAGAGCCCUCUAGACAUGAAAUAGCACCCCUACAGUCACCUUUACACUCAUACUACCCAAUAUAGUCUAUAUAAUCAGAGAAAAAGGACUCCUUCUUGUGUGCGUUUCAAUAAAAGUGAUGUCAGGGAUUCAGAGUUGUGAUUUAGCUGGAGUACAGCCACAACAGUAGUUGUGUUAUGAUGAUGAUGAUGAUGAUGAUGAUUAUUAUUAUUAUUAUGUUAUUAUUGUGCCUGUUGUGAGAUAGGUAAUUAUGAAAUAAUAAAAGCCUGUCACCGGCAGUCAAGUGACAGGCAGGGAGAAAUUGAAAUAUUAAUGCAGACCUGCCAACAUGUAUGAAUUUGUUGUACUCAGCAUGCAUUUUGACUCCUGAAUUUUGACUCCUGAAUACAAUAUGCUUCACUGCUCUCUA